AAUUGUUUCCCGUCUCGUAGGGUUUAAGAUUUAUAUUGUUUUAAGGCUUCAGGACAUGAGAGUAGACAGUCGAGAGGGUGAUGGCAUAAGUAUUUGAGAGAGAGAAAGAAAAGAAAUAGCGGUAAUGUGAAGAUGUUGGUUCAAAUUCACAGAAAUUGGUUUCUUCCAGUCCCAGUUGCGUUUGCACACAAGAUGGAGGUGAAUAAAUGCGUGAUAUGGAAGCAUCCUCCAAUUGAAGAUGGAAGAAGAAGAAGAAAAAGACGACGACGAAAUUGGCGUUGUGGUUCGGGGGAGGCAAUCUCGGAAUGGGAAGUGGAGGAGGCUGGUAAGGCAGUUUCAAGUUAUCUAGAAGAAUUGGGGGUGUCGGAGGAGAAUUCAGUGUGGAUCGCGUCAAAGUCACGCGCAUAUGUGAAGAUGUUGGUGGAAGGGGUGAGGGAUUUGGAGCAGUGGGAUGAGCAAAUUGCAGGGUUGAGCUUCAAGGAGAAGAUUAUUAAUAUUGCGACUAAAAAAGGAGAGAAAGGGAAAGUAGCGUACCUAGAGACUUUGGGCUUGAGUCUUUCUUCGUCUAUGAAUGUGGCCAGGUAUCUUUCUGCUGACACCCUCCCGUCUCUGAUAAACAAGGUUACGCGUAUGAAGCAACUCUUAUUUUCUGCCGAUCUUGAUGAUUGUGAUUACUUUCGCUUAUUCAUUAAAAAUACUCGCCUCAUGAUGCGCCACUUAUCUAUUUCCAUUGACGAAGAUCUGCAACACACUUUGUCCUUUUUGGAAAAGGUUGAAGCGAGACGUGGUGGUCUAAAUAUUUUGGCUUCCAGAGAUUCCGCUUUCCAUUACUUGAUCGAAUCAUUUCCUCGUCUUCUUCAGUUAUCAGUAAACGAUCACUUCGCUCGUUUACUGGAUUUUCUUCACAACAUUGGAAUCCCUGUUUUUCGCAUCCCAUACAUAAUACUGGCUUUUCCUCCUCUUCUGUUCUGGAAUCCGCACCUCCUUAAAACUAGAAUCCUCUCCUUGAACCAGAUUGAUAUCGUGGAUGAAGAUUAUGCUAAGUUGUUGCUAAAAUAUCCUUGGAUUCUAUCUACGAGCAUUCAAAGGAAUUACACGGAGGUCCUUGCCUUUUUAUACUCUUUGAAGGUUCCAACGACUUGGAUAGACCGUGCAAUUGAAAGCCAGCCUCAUCUAUUGGGUUGUUCAACUAGCAAGCUGAAGUUGAUGGUGGAUCAGUUUGCAGAACUAGGAGUUCAAGGCAAAAAGUUGAAUCGGGUUAUUGCUAAAAGUCCUCAACUACUAUUGCGGAAGCCUGAAGACUUUCUACAGAUUGUUCUGUUCUUUGAAAAUAUGGAUUUUGAUAAAGAAACUGUUGGGAGAAUACUUGCCCGCUGCCCUGAAAUUUUUGCUGCCAGCAUCAAUAAUACACUACAGAGGAAGAUUGAAUUCCUUGGUGGGGUUGGUGUUUCUAAAACUUUCCUUUGUGGGGUUAUCAGAAAGUAUCCAGAAUUACUUGUUUCUGACACUGACACAACUUUACUGCAAAGGGUACUGUACUUGAUGAAAUUAGGGCUUUCAGAGAAAGAUAUUGCAUUUAUGGUACGCACAUUUUCUCCUCUCCUUGGGUACAGUAUAGAUGGGGUUCUGAAGCCAAAAAUAGAAUUCUUGGUGAAUUCAAUGGAGAGGCCAGUAAGAGAUGUGGUGGGCUACCCUAGGUAUUUUAGCUAUUCACUAGCAAAGAAGAUAAAGCCCAGAUAUUGGGUGUUGAAAGGAAGGAAUAUCAAAUGUAGUUUAAAGGAUAUGCUGGGAAAAAAUGAUGAAGAAUUUGCUGCUGAAUUUAUGGAUGUCGGAAGGAUGCUCGUUUAUCCUCCUGUGCCUUCUUCUAAUGAUAGCCUGUAAAUAUCAUAAUAGUGCUGUAUUUUUAGAUGUUAUUCCCAUUGUAGAAAUUAUAUUUAUUCCAACAUAAUCUUGUGUCCCAUGUAAUCAUUCAGAAAAGAAAGAAAUACCCUCUUCAAUAAGAAGAAAAAAA